AUGGCGGAAGCGCGCAAACCCGUUUUGGUGCUGGACCUGAACGAGACGCUGGUAUGGAAGAAGAACGCGAGCACUAUUGUGAACAGGCCUGGGCUGGAGGCGUUCUUGAGCAGGAUGGCAAUGGCCUACUGCGUUGUCAUCUUCAGCGUCUCGGAUUCCAGGCACCUGGAUCAAUCGGUGGCAGGGUUUGGGGCGAGUGCAAAGCUUAUAACCGACGUUUACGGCAUUGAGGAUUGCACCAGGACGAGGGCCGGUUUCAUCAAGGAUGUGCGCAAGGUAAAGGUCAGGCAUGAGUUGAAGCGGCUAGUGUGGGUGGACAAUGAGAGGUUCCACUUCAGGCUGUGCCCGCACAAUGGCAUCGAGAUCAAGCCAUUCAGAGGAGAAGCAGAUGACAAGGAGCUUGAGAGAUUGACACCCCUGUUGCUCAAGCUGUCCAAGGUGGAGGAUGUUACGCAGUUCCUGUGGAAUGGCCAGCCAAAGGUGUCGGAAGCACAAGAGCAUUUCGCUGGGAAGAAUCCUUGCAAGCCCAAUGCCAAGAACAAGAAAUGGUUGAGUGGACAAAGCUCGGCUUCUGGAUUGGACUGA